AUGGCACUUAUUCCUAUGAGCCACCCUUUCUCACGAAGCCGCAUGGAGACUGCUGUGAAUGGUUUUGCUCUCCUCGGGAGCAUCUACAACACUGUAGAAGCUUUGGGUACCAACUUCAGCCUCGUUGGCGAUGGCACCUUCUACCUCGACCUUGCGGUCCCGUCUACGCUCUACAGCAAUGAGCUUAGCAUCUAA